AUGAUGCUGCUGAAUCUGCGAUACCACCCACCUGGCGCACUUCCCGCCGCAAACCCUUUUGGGACGAAAGUCACGGAAAGGAAAAAGGCACCCAAUGUCAUCAGCCGGAUCGAGUCGCACGAAAACGCUCGCGGCUUCAGUGACGAAGCCAAGUCCAUCACUGGUGCAGUGGACCCUCAAUCCGCAGUACUCGGGUACGUCGAUCCAUCAAGAGGUGGAAAAGCGCAGGCGGGGGAGGAGGAAAGGAAAACGCUCGUCACCUGCAUCGGCGUCUGCCGAACGUGGCUUGCUCCUCCCAAGGGCCCCGACCCAGAGCGCCAAGUUGAUCAACCAGCCUAA